UCAAAUCGGCGCCAUCUUGGAUUCUACGCGGCGGGCUCUCAUGAGAACAAACUUAACGCGCACUCCACCUUUAUACGUUUUUUUUUUUAUUUUACAAUGAGUUCACCUCCACCUAAACGCGCCUGAACGGUCGCUGAGGAGAUUAAAUUUUAUUUUAGCCGGUUUGUUUCGUCUGUUUUCGCGCACAGAGGAAGAUUUUGACCGUUAAACGUUAAAGUAACGGUUGCCCUAAGGUUAGCUAACAUGGAGCACCGCUGCAGUCACUGUGACAGUCCCAUACAGAGACAAGCUAAGGGGUACAAGAGAAAGUCUUUAUUAACACUUAUCGACCUGAAGAGCGCGCACAAACUUUUCCCGGGCCUAAACCCUCGCGAGGCGUUUUUAUGUUUCACCUGUGUUCGUCACGUUUAUCAGAAAACCAAGAAAAACGGUAAAAGGCGGGUUUAUGUGGACCCCCAGCCCCCGACCCGUCCGGCUCCCUCUGCCCGCCCUGCUCCGUCUCUCCCGGAGGAGCCUCCGCCUCUGAAGAAGCUCAAGAAGAGACUCAAAACUCCGCUGAACGAACACGAUUACGCGUCCCGGGACCCGGAGCCCUCCACACCCAGGAGCGACCCUCCGCCCGCCCGGCGCGUCCGCCGCGGGCCGAUCUCUCUGGUGUGCGGGUACCUGCGGAAUAAGAACUUCACCUCUGCUCUGAACAGACUGCUGCAGGUGUCCGGCUUCAAGGAGGCUCUGAUCAGGGUGUGUAAGAAGAUCAUUGCUAAAGAGCGUAAAGAGAUGGUGAACGACUUGGACGGGCCGUACAGGAAGACGUUCACCCCUGAGAACCUGUCUGCAUUCAGCUGGGAUAAGUCUACUUCCUGGGCUGAGGAGAAGGCUCCUCUAACUGUGGCCUGUCUCAGGUCCAUGUUCCCCCCCGCCAAAAAGACCCAGAAACAGAUCGUAAACUACAGCCCAGGGAAUAAACCACGGCGGAUGACUGAGGAGGAGGUGAAGCAGAUGUUGGACCGAAGGAUCAGCCUCCUCCUCUCUGUGCCUCUGUACACCAGCACACUCAGAACCUGUUUCCUUCAGACAGCGUUCAGCGUGGAGAUGCUCCGACACCGCUGUCCCAUCAAACUCUUCACCAUCACCAACAGCCUCGGCAUCUCGCAGUGCAAAACCUCCGCCAGGAUCCACGCCAAGAAACUUGCCGAGGAGCACGACCGACAGGUGAAGCAGUGGAGAGACGAGAUCCAGACGACCAAAAAGACGCAGUACCGCAGUGAAGACUCCAAAAAGGCAACAGCUUACACUUUCAGCUGGGGGAAAGUUCGGGUACCGUCUGUGUCCAGGUCCGACUCCACAGAUAGAGGAUACACCUUUGUGACGUGGGCAUUUCGCUUCGCCCAUCAAGUUCGGGUUAAUUUUCGUUGCCUGCACGGACUUCCAAUAAAAGCAGUGGAAGUGUCUCCUUACAGAAUCCUACCGUCCAAACAGAUGUACGAGUCGCUACGACAGCGAAUGAAAAUAUUAGUGAUGCGAAUCAUCGCAGACAACCUGACAGCCCUGAAAGGACCAAGAGGACGAGUGAUGAGACACGUCCCUCACAUCUACUCCAUCCUGAUGAAGGAGGAGAGCACCACAGUGAGUCUGGGUGCGGUGAUACCGAACACUGCAGAGGAGUCUGUUAGCUCAGCGUACGGCCUUAAAGACUACAUCCCUGUGGUUUCUGGGACACCGCACCACAUCCUGUGCUGUGGGGACGUCCUCGGCACUGACAGGACGGAGCACGGCAACAAAACACAGAGCACUGACACUCCAAACCCGAACCCUGACCUGAAGUUUGAUGGACUCGUAGAAGCUCCACAAGAGUUUCAGAAGGAACACCUGUUCCACGAGGAAAUGAUAAAGAUGCUUCUCAGUGAAAAGAGUGAGAACGCUCGAGGAACUCUUCAUCACAUCGUCUCACUGUUUCACUUCAAGACGUUCAACAACACCGCCAAAGACUACUUCCUGAACAUCUGGGACUUCAUCACGUUUGUGACGACAGCGUACGUGACUCUGUUUGCUGUGACGGACUGUGGUCUGGACUCAGUGGACCAGAAACCAUCAGACUACCCCUCUCAGGUCUCAGCUCAGAUGGACUGGCUGAGUCAACUGGCUCACAGGCUGGUGGAUCUGGUGUGGAUGCCUCCGCCUCAGGAGGACAUCAAUACUGCAGCUGCUGCCGCUGAAAGUCACUGUGACGGAGAGAAGAAGAAAACUUCCCCCUUCUGUUACUGCAGAGAAGAGAAACCAGGUGAGCAGCUGGUGCGGUGCUGCAGUAACCUGUGUCCAGGUAUCUGGUUCCAUGAAGGCUGUGCUCGGGCUCAGACGCUCUCAGACCCACGUGAGGAGGACUGGUUCUGUGGUCCAGACUGCAGUGCAGAUGGAACCUACGUGUACUGUCACUGUAAGGAGCAGAAGGGGGGACAGAUGGUCCAGUGUGGACUGAUGGACAAGUGCAGGAGACACGAGUGGUACCACAGAGACUGUCUGACAGCCGCCGAGCAGACCAGAGCCCAGCAGACUCCGUGGUUCUGCUCAGAGUCCUGCUCCAUGGCAUCUGACGGCGAGGACUUCCUGUUAAACUACACAAGAGCAGUGGUGUGGGAGGGGCUGUACCAUAUGGCCCGACGGGACGCCAUCCAGGAGGGAGACGGAGAGGCUAUGACAGACUUCUGGAAGAUGGACCUGGUUCUGCUGUGGACCAGACAACACCUGCAGCUCUUUAACAGCGGCCACCAGAUGAUCACAGGGAUCGAGGGGUUCUACCCAGAGCGUGUCAGACAGGACAUGAAGUGGAACCGAGUGUUGAAUCUUCAGGGAACAUCAGGAGGAAACGUCAGUGUGGAUCUCCUCACUGAGCUCAUGAUCAACGAGUUCAAAGGUGUGAUAGAGUUCGGUAAAGGCAGCUUCACGAGGCAGCAGGUGGAGCAGAGCGCUCAGCUGGCUGGAGCUCAAGCCAAACACCUGGACAGACUCUUCUUCACAGGAGGAAACCCUCUGAACCUGUCCACCUACCUGUCCCGGCUGACGUCGUCUUCCUGCAGGAGGACGGACGACGUGUCCAAGUUUGUGGACGAGUUUAAGAAGGAUGAGUUGUUCGCCUUUAAAGCAGGAAGAAAACAUCAGGGCUUCAACAAGUUCAGCUACCAGCAGAGGGUGAGGAGCCCCAAGAGGAUGGGGAGGAGCAUCAGGAGUCUGUGUGAGGAGCUCGACCGACGGAGAGACAACAUCCUCUGAGAGCUGUCCACAGGUCAGUCACAUGACACUGUGACAUCAUAGUAUGAACACAUAAAGGAUGCUUCCUUGGCAGGACGGGUCCGACAGACUCCGUCCUACGUUCAGAGCACACAUGAUGGAACAGUCUUGUGAGUGUGCAGGUGUGCGUCAUCAAAAAGGUCCCGUCUUCACUUCUGAGCUACAAGUUCAAACCAAGCUGCAAAAUCCAGGGCUAAAAAAUAAAUCCAGUGUUGAAGUGUUAAAAUCUGCAGUUCUUUCAAUUACCACUUGAGGCUGGCUCCAAAAGCCGGUCAGUCCUUGUAGACCCCAUGUUAAAAUGCUCAACUUUACAGCAGAGAUAAACAGUCGACCAGACAGGUCAUUAGUCAGCAAGAUUUCACUGGUCGCUUAGUCGCAGAAAAAACAAGAAAAAAGUAAAACUAUCAGGAGCUGCACCUUGUCAAAAUAAAUCCAAACCUAUAUGACUGGACCAUGUGUGACUUUAAUUUGAAAGGACAGACACAGGAAGUGUCCACGCUCAGCAGUCAGACAGGAGUCAGGUUAAUUUCCAGGGCUGGUACCUGCGGUUAUUCCACAGGCUAGUUAAUAACAUGUCGGGCAGGAAAUCCAAAGUGUGGGAUCAUUGCAGUUUUUGUCACUUCCACGUUGGCUUCAUAUUUCCUCUUUGGAGGUUGCUGCUCAGAUUUGGUGACGUAGCAUCCUUAAAAUGUAGCUGUGAAAUGAUCCUUCUUUGACUACGAGUAGCGCCCACAGAGAGCACAGCAGCUGUCAUACAGACCGCAGUGGUGCAGGUCAGGAGGUCAAAAUACUUUAUUUUUUGUAGACAGUGAUUAGGAUAAACUUACCCUCCUACAUAAUGAUAACUUUGUUUAUAAUUUUGUAAAUAAGUAAAGACUUUAUUAAUAAAAACACGUUCAUUGAUUUAUUUUUCUGACCUGCAGCAGCUGAAAAGAGACGACUGACAGGGAGGAUUUAUGAGUUGUGUUUUUGUAAAUAUUACAAGUUUUCAUUUUAUUUUGACCACUUUAAUAAUAUUUUGUGUGGCUUCCUGUUUUUCAACAUCCUGAGCUGCAGAACAAAUAAAAAGUUUUAAGCAGACUUUAGAGUUCUGGGGGUUUUUUUGUGUGAAAUGUCGGUCAUGUGACACUGGAGUAAAAUAUCACCACAGAAUUAAAUACUGCCUCAUAUUUACUGCAAUCGUAGAACAGUAACUUCUGUCUUACGUGAAGUAAAAUUACUGUUUGUCAGUAGAGUCUGGCGGCUUUAAGACAACU